GUGGGGGGCGUGAAGACGGCAAGGGUUCCCCGGAAAUGGGACGGGGGGCCCGGAAACAGGGAAAGGGAGGCUCUGGGCUGUGGACGGCCCGGAAAUGGAAACUAGGGAGCAGCUCGAGUGACAACUGUUGGGAGGCAAGGGUCUGAGGAGAGAGAGGCGGGAGUGACUUUGGACCGCGUGAAUGGUAGUGUCUAGUAAGGGUAUGUCCCUUCAAGAGAGAGGUGCCAAUGUCCAACCGGCCUAAUAACAAUCCAGGGGGGUCACUGCGACGUUCACAGAGGAACACUGCCGGGGCCCAACCACAAGACGACUCAAUAGGAGGAAGGUCACAUUUAGGGCAGGCAAAACAUAAGGGAUAUAUCCCUCCUGAGAGUAGAAAAUCUAAUUUUAAGGCACCCAAAGUGCAAUCUAAUACUACUUCUGAACUGUCAAGGGGACACCUUUCUAAAAGAAGCUGCAGUUCAUCAUCUGCUGUCAUAGUUCCACAACCAGAGGAUCCAGACAGAGCCAAUACUUCUGAAAGGCAGAAAACGGGGCAGGUGCCUAAGAAAGACAAUUCUCGAGGAGUGAAACGCAGUGCUAGUCCAGACUACAACAGGACCAAUUCUCCUAACUCUGCAAAAAAGCCCAGAGCAUUUCAGCACAUUGAGUCUCUCUCAGAAACCAAUAAGCCACAUAGUAAGUCGAAGAAGAGACAUUUAGAUCAGGAGCAACAACUCAAAUCUGCACAAUUGCCGUCAACAAGCAAGGCUCACACCAGAAAGAGUGUGGCUGCUGGUAGUUCACGGAGUCAGAAAAGAAAGAGGACAGAGAGUUCUUGUGUAAAGAGUGGUUCUGGGUCUGAAUCAACUGGUGCCGAAGAGAGAUCUGCAAAACCCACCAAGCUGGCUUCAAAAUCAGCCACCUCAGCCAAAGCUGGGUGUAGCACCAUCACCGAUUCUUCUUCUGCCGCCUCUACUUCCUCCUCAUCUUCAGCUGUAGCCUCGGCCUCUUCUACUGUACCACCAGGUGCCAGGGUGAAACAAGGAAAAGACCAGAACAAGGCCAGGCGUUCCCGUUCAGCAUCCAGCCCUAGUCCCAGAAGAAGUAGCAGGGAAAAGGAACAGAGUAAAACUGGUGGCUCUUCAAAAUUUGAUUGGGCUGCUCGUUUCAGCCCUAAAGUUAGCCUACCUAAAACAAAACUGUCUCUUCCAGGGUCUUCUAAGUCAGAGACAUCAAAACCUGGACCUUCUGGAUUACAGGCCAAAUUAGCAAGUUUAAGAAAGUCUACCAAGAAGCGCAGCGAGUCCCCACCUGCUGAGCUCCCCAGUUUGAGGAGGAGCACACGUCAAAAGACCACGGGCUCCUGUGCUAGUACCAGUCGGCGAGGCUCUGGCCUGGGCAAGAGAGGAGCAGCUGAGGCCCGGCGGCAAGAGAAAAUGGCAGACCCUGAAAGCAACCAGGAGACAGUAAAUUCCUCAGCUGCCCGGACAGAUGAAGCUCCCCAAGGAGCCGCAGCCUCUAGUUCUGUUGCAGGGGCUGUUGGCAUGACCACCUCUGGGGAGAGUGAAUCGGAUGAUUCUGAGAUGGGACGAUUACAAGCCCUGUUAGAGGCCAGGGGUCUUCCUCCUCACCUGUUUGGUCCUCUUGGUCCUCGGAUGUCACAGCUUUUCCAUAGAACAAUUGGAAGCGGAGCUAGUUCUAAGGCCCAACAGCUUCUUCAAGGACUACAAGCGAGUGAUGAGAGUCAACAGCUUCAGGCAGUCAUUGAAAUGUGUCAGCUAUUGGUUAUGGGAAACGAAGAGACUCUGGGAGGGUUUCCUGUGAAGAGUGUUGUUCCAGCUUUGAUAACAUUACUGCAGAUGGAACAUAAUUUUGACAUUAUGAAUCAUGCUUGCCGCGCCUUAACCUAUAUGAUGGAAGCGCUCCCUCGGUCAUCUGCUGUUGUAGUAGAUGCUAUCCCUGUCUUCUUAGAAAAGCUGCAAGUUAUUCAGUGUAUUGAUGUGGCAGAGCAGGCCUUAACUGCCUUGGAGAUGUUGUCACGGAGACACAGUAAAGCCAUUUUACAGGCGGGUGGUUUGGCAGAUUGCUUGCUGUAUCUAGAAUUCUUCAGCAUAAAUGCCCAAAGAAAUGCACUAGCAAUUGCAGCUAAUUGCUGCCAGAGUAUCACACCAGAUGAGUUUCAUUUUGUGGCAGAUUCCCUACCAUUGCUUACCCAAAGGCUAACUCAUCAGGACAAAAAGUCAGUAGAAAGCACUUGCCUUUGUUUUGCACGUCUAGUGGACAACUUUCAACACGAGGAGAAUUUACUGCAGCAGGUUGCUUCCAAAGAUCUGCUUACAAAUGUUCAACAACUGUUGGUAGUGACUCCACCAAUUUUAAGUUCUGGGAUGUUUAUAAUGGUGGUUCGCAUGUUUUCUCUGAUGUGUUCCAACUGCCCAACAUUAGCUGUUCAACUUAUGAAACAAAACAUUGCAGAAACACUUCACUUCCUCCUGUGUGGUGCCUCUAAUGGAAGUUGUCAAGAGCAGAUUGAUCUUGUGCCACGAAGUCCUCAAGAACUGUAUGAACUGACAUCUCUGAUUUGUGAACUUAUGCCAUGUUUACCAAAAGAAGGCAUUUUUGCAGUUGAUACCAUGUUGAAGAAGGGAAAUGCCCAGAACACAGAUGGUGCAAUUUGGCAGUGGCGGGAUGACCGAGGUCUCUGGCAUCCCUAUAACAGGAUUGACAGCCGGAUCAUUGAGGUAGCAGCCCAUCAGGUCGGUGAGGAUGAGAUAAGCUUGUCCACUCUGGGACGAGUUUAUACUAUUGAUUUUAAUUCUAUGCAGCAAAUCAAUGAGGACACGGGAACAGCACGUGCCAUUCAGAGAAAACCUAACCCCUUAGCCAAUACUAACACUAGUGGAUAUUCAGAGUUAAAGAAGGAUGAUGCUCGAGCACAGCUAAUGAAAGAAGAUCCGGAACUGGCUAAGUCUUUCAUUAAGACCUUAUUUGGUGUUCUCUAUGAAGUGUAUAGCUCCUCAGCAGGACCUGCAGUCAGACAUAAGUGCCUUAGAGCAAUUCUUAGGAUAAUUUAUUUUGCUGAUGCUGAACUUCUGAAGGAUGUUCUGAAAAAUCAUGCUGUUUCAAGUCACAUUGCUUCCAUGCUAUCAAGCCAAGACCUGAAGAUAGUAGUUGGAGCACUUCAAAUGGCAGAAAUCUUAAUGCAAAAGUUACCUGAUAUUUUUAGUGUUUACUUCAGAAGAGAAGGUGUCAUGCACCAAGUAAAACAUUUAGCAGAAUCCGAGUCUUUGUUGACAAGUCCACCAAAGGCGUGCACAAAUGGGUCAGGAUCCCUGGGGUCUACAACACCAGCCAGCAGUGGGACAGCCACGGCUGCAACCAAUGCUUCUGCUGAUCUGGGGUCACCCAGUUUGCAGCAUAGCAGAGAUGAUUCUCUGGACCUGAGCCCUCAAGGUCGAUUAAGUGAUGUUCUCAAGAGAAAACGACUGCCAAAACGAGGGCCAAGGAGGCCUAAGUAUUCACCUCCAAGAGAUGAUGACAAAGUAGACAAUCAAGCUAAAAGCCCUACCACUACUCAGUCACCUAAAUCUUCCUUCCUGGCAAGCUUGAAUCCAAAAACAUGGGGAAGGUUAAGUGCACAGUCCAACAGCAACAACAUCGAGCCAGCACGAACUGCGGGAGUUAGUGGUCUUGCCAGGGCAGCCUCAAAAGACACCAUAUCCAAUAAUAGAGAAAAAAUUAAAGGUUGGAUUAAGGAGCAGGCACAUAAAUUUGUUGAGCGUUAUUUUAGUUCUGAGAAUAUGGAUGGAAGCAACCCUGCCUUGAAUGUACUUCAGAGACUUUGUGCUGCAACUGAACAACUCAACCUCCAGGUGGACGGUGGAGCUGAGUGCCUUGUUGAAAUCCGUAGCAUAGUCUCUGAGUCUGAUGUUUCAUCAUUUGAAAUCCAACAUAGUGGAUUUGUGAAACAGCUGUUGCUGUAUUUGACAUCUAAAAGUGAAAAGGAUGCUGUCAGCAGAGAGAUUCGAUUAAAGCGAUUCCUACAUGUCUUUUUUUCUUCUCCACUUCCCGGAGAAGAGCCCAUUGGAAGAGUAGAACCAGUGGGCCAUGCGCCUUUAUUGGCACUAGUUCACAAGAUGAACAACUGUCUCAGCCAAAUGGAACAAUUUCCAGUCAAAGUGCACGAUUUCCCUAGUGGAAAUGGGGCUGGCGGCAGCUUUUCUCUCAACAGAGGAUCACAAGCUUUAAAAUUUUUCAACACACAUCAGUUAAAAUGUCAGUUACAAAGACACCCAGACUGUGCAAAUGUGAAGCAGUGGAAAGGCGGGCCUGUUAAGAUUGAUCCCCUGGCUCUGGUGCAAGCUAUUGAACGAUACCUUGUGGUUAGAGGGUAUGGAAGAGUAAGAGAAGACGAUGAAGACAGUGAUGAUGAUGGAUCAGAUGAGGAAAUAGAUGAGUCUCUGGCUGCUCAGUUUUUAAAUUCAGGAAAUGUAAGGCACAGGCUACAGUUUUAUAUUGGAGAACAUUUACUACCAUAUAACAUGACGGUGUAUCAGGCAGUGCGGCAGUUCAGUGUACAGGCUGAAGAUGAAAGGGAAUCUACUGAUGAUGAGAGCAAUCCUCUGGGAAGAGCUGGUAUUUGGACAAAGACUCAUACAAUAUGGUACAAACCUGUGAGAGAGGAUGAAGAAAGUAGUAAAGAUUGUGUUGGUGGCAAAAGGGGGAGAGCCCAGACGGCUCCAACAAAAACUUCCCCCAGAAACGCAAAGAAGCAUGAUGAGUUAUGGCAUGAUGGAGUGUGCCCAUCAGUAGCAAAUCCUUUAGAAGUUUACCUCAUUCCCACACCUCCUGAAAAUAUCACCUUUGAAGACCCAUCUUUAGAUGUGAUCCUCCUUUUAAGAGUUUUACACGCCAUCAGUCGGUACUGGUAUUACUUGUAUGAUAAUGCAAUGUGCAAGGAGAUUAUUCCAACUAGUGAAUUUAUUAACAGUAAGUUAACAGCAAAAGCGAAUAGGCAGCUUCAAGAUCCUCUAGUAAUCAUGACAGGAAACAUCCCAACAUGGCUCACUGAGCUAGGAAAAACCUGCCCAUUUUUCUUUCCUUUUGAUACCCGACAAAUGCUUUUUUAUGUAACUGCAUUUGAUCGGGACCGGGCCAUGCAACGACUACUUGAUACCAACCCAGAAAUCAACCAGUCUGAUUCACAAGACAGCAGAGUUGCACCUAGAUUGGAUAGAAAAAAGCGCACUGUGAACAGAGAGGAGCUGCUAAAACAAGCUGAGUCCGUGAUGCAGGACCUUGGGAGUUCACGGGCAAUGUUAGAAAUCCAGUAUGAAAAUGAGGUUGGUACAGGUCUUGGGCCAACACUGGAGUUUUAUGCACUUGUUUCUCAGGAACUACAGAGGGCUGACUUGGGUCUCUGGAGAGGUGAAGAAGUAACUCUUAGCAAUCCAAAAGGAAGCCAAGAAGGGACCAAGUAUAUUCAAAACCUCCAGGGCCUGUUUGCGCUUCCCUUUGGUAGGACAGCUAAGCCAGCUCAUAUCGCAAAGGUUAAGAUGAAGUUUCGCUUCUUAGGAAAAUUAAUGGCUAAGGCUAUCAUGGAUUUCAGAUUGGUGGACCUUCCCCUUGGCCUGCCCUUUUAUAAGUGGAUGCUGCGGCAGGAAACCUCACUGACAUCUCAUGAUUUAUUUGACAUUGAUCCGGUUGUAGCCAGAUCAGUAUAUCACCUAGAAGACAUUGUCAGACAGAAGAAGAGACUGGAGCAGGAUAAAUCGCAGACCAAAGAGAGUCUACAGUAUGCAUUAGAAACUCUUACGAUGAAUGGCUGUUCAGUGGAAGAUCUGGGACUGGAUUUCACGCUGCCAGGGUUUCCCAACAUUGAACUGAAGAAAGGAGGGAAAGAUAUACCAGUCACUAUCCACAAUUUGGAGGAAUACCUAAGAUUGGUGAUAUUCUGGGCACUAAAUGAAGGUGUUUCUAGGCAAUUUGACUCGUUCAGAGAUGGAUUUGAAUCAGUUUUCCCACUCAGUCAUCUUCAGUACUUCUACCCAGAAGAACUGGAUCAGCUCCUGUGUGGCAGUAAAGCAGACACUUGGGAUGCAAAAACAUUGAUGGAAUGCUGCAGGCCUGAUCAUGGCUAUACUCAUGACAGUCGAGCUGUGAAGUUCUUGUUUGAGAUUCUCAGUAGUUUUGAUAAUGAGCAGCAGAGGUUGUUUCUCCAGUUUGUGACGGGUAGCCCACGAUUGCCGGUUGGAGGGUUCCGGAGUUUAAAUCCACCUCUGACAAUUGUGCGGAAGACAUUUGAAUCAACAGAAAACCCAGAUGACUUCUUACCCUCUGUAAUGACUUGUGUGAACUAUCUUAAGUUGCCGGACUACUCGAGCAUUGAGAUAAUGCGUGACAAACUGUUGAUAGCAGCAAGAGAAGGCCAACAGUCGUUCCAUCUUUCCUGAUUACAACAAGAAAUCAGUGUCUGCCUGUUACAGCAAAAGAAAAAAAAAAUCAUGAUUUCUUUUCUGUGUGUCACCUGAGUCAAGGAAACAUGUUCCUCCUUCUUGUUGUAGGAAAACGGCUUGCUGAUUAUAAUUCAUAAUGGCCCCGUGGACUUAAAGUGAUCAGGCCCUAAAACGUUGUUGUGAUGAGGUUUCUUUAGCAAGUUCGUGUUUAAAUUAUCAUUUAUUUGAUGAGUGAAGUUUUUAACUUGCUUUGCUGUGUGAAAUUUCAAAGGGAUGUUUUUUCAGGCUGGAACAAUAAAUGUCGCUGUGCAGUUUAA